AUGCAUUGGUUGCAAUUAUCCCGUGCAUCUCGUGGAUUACGUCGUCGUCUACUCCGUCUUCAUACGCUACCGUCGAUUUUACAAUCGUGCAACUUUAGUGUCACCUCCACCGAGGCUGACAUUCCGCCAUCUUUUGCACCUGGUUGUUCUGUACCGAGUGGCUACAUGAAAAACCUCCGUAAUAUCGGUAUUUCCGCUCAUAUUGAUUCCGGAAAGACAACCUUAACCGAACGUAUACUGUUUUAUACCGGCCGUAUUACUGCUAUUCAUGAUGUACGAGGGAAGGACGGGAUUGGUGCAAAAAUGGAUUCCAUGGAAUUAGAGCGUGAGAAGGGCAUUACAAUUCAAUCAGCUGCAACGUAUUGUGCUUGGAAGGAUUCAAAUAUUAAUAUUAUUGAUACACCUGGUCAUGUGGAUUUUACAAUUGAAGUCGAACGUGCAUUACGUGUAUUAGAUGGUGGUAUUCUCGUACUUUGUGGUGUCUCGGGGGUCCAGAGUCAAUCACUUACAGUUGAUAAACAGAUGAAACGAUACGGUGUGCCACGUAUUGCAUUCAUUAAUAAACUUGAUCGCAUGGGUGCAAAUCCCUGGAAAGUGAUUCGUGAUCUGAGGAAUCAACUUAAGCUAAAUGCUUGGGCUUUACAAGUCCCUAUUGGUGCUGAGAAUGAGUUAGAAGGGGUUGUUGACCUUCUUACAAUGAAAGCUUUACGUAAUAAGGGUGAAAGUGGUGAAGUGAUUCAAGAAUCGGACGAGAUGCCCACUGAAGUUCGUCUGUUGGCGGAAAAAAAGCGCAUGGAAUUGAUUGAAGCACUUGCGGAUGUCGACGAUGAGAUUGCUGAGAUGUUCUUGAUGGAAGAGGACCUUAGCGUGGAUCAACUUCAGCAUGCUAUCCGUCGUGCUACAAUUGCGCACAAGUUUGUACCGGUAAUGAUGGGCUCAGCGUUUAAGAAUCGUGGGGUACAGCCAAUGUUGGACGGUGUCGUUUCGUACUUGCCAUGCCCAUCAGAUGUUAUGAAUUUUGCUUUGGAUCAGACCAAGGGCGAGGCUCGCGUGAGUGUGCCGUGUUCACCGGAAGCACCUUUGCUAGCACUGGCUUUUAAGCUGGAGGAAGGCAAGUUUGGUCAGCUUACGUACAUGCGCGUGUACUCUGGUACGCUCAAACGUGGUGGAUUUAUCUAUAACAUGAGUGAUAUGAAGCGUAUUAAAGUACCGCGUUUAGUGAAGAUGCACUCGAAUGAAAUGGUAGAAGUUGAAGAAGUUGGUGCUGGUGAAGUCGUUGCGAUGUUUGGUGUCGAAUGUGCCAGUAUGGACACGUUCAGCGAUACGAACCAGGGCAAGUUUACGAUGAAGAGUCUACACGUGCCUGAACCAGUAAUGUCUUUGGCUGUUACACCGAAGAAUAAGCAGCAGGUUGGCAAUUUUUCCAAGGCGCUUAACCGUUUCCAAAAGGAGGAUCCGACAUUUCGCGUGCAUGUGGAUGAUGACAGCAAGGAGACGAUUAUCAGGGGAAUGGGUGAACUACACUUGCAAAUUUACGUGGAGCGCAUGAAGCGUGAGUACAGCGUAGACGUGGUGACCGGUGCGCCGCAGGUAAAUUAUCGUGAGACGAUUCGUCAGCGCAGUGAGUUCAACUACCUUCACAAGAAGCAAAGUGGCGGUUCUGGACAGUAUGCUCGUGUGGUGGGAUACAUUGAGCCGCUCACCGAUGAGGAAGCGGAAGAGCUUAGCAACGAGGGUAACAUGUCGGGCGUUGUGUUUGAGAACGCGAUUGUCGGUAACGCAAUUCCGCCUGAGUACAUUGCGGCUUGCGCAAAGGGUGUGAACGAUGCGGUCCAGAAAGGUUGGCUCAUUGGGCACCCGGUGCAACGCAUUCGUGUGGUGGUAAACGAUGGUCAGUCGCACUCUGUGGAUUCCAGCGAGCUUGCUUUCCGCACAGCCAUGGUACUGGCUAUUCGUCAAGCGUUUUUAAAGGCUGAGCCGUGUAUUCUUGAGCCCGUAAUGGCUGUGGAGGUGGAAGUGCCUAAUGAAUUCCAAGGCACGGCUAUUGCCGAGGUAAAUCGUCGUCGGGGUCUCAUUAACAGUAGCGAUGCCGAUGACAUCCAAACGGUUAUCAAGUGCGACGUACCGCUGCAGAACAUGUUUGGUUUCUCAACCGACCUGCGAUCAUCUACGCAGGGUAAAGGCGAGUUUACAAUGGAGUACAAGACUCAUGGCAUUGUUCUACGUGAUAUGCAGGAAAAGCUGAUGAAAGAGUACGAAAAGGCACAGGCUGCCAAGAACAAGUAG